AUGGUGAAAGAGUCGCAGGCGCCGCGGCGCCGCCGGCGAUGCGCGGAUUUCGUCGCGUGGGAGAGAAUUGCGACCACCAAGAAUCCAAGUCCCCGCGUGAACACUGCCGCGAGUUCCGUGUGUUCGUCGUCGCCGGGAGGAACUGUGUCGGCGACGGGGGCUUGGCGGGGGAGGGAAGGGGAGGGGGCAGAUGGUAGGCGGCGCGGCGUGGCGGUGCAAUGCGGGCGGCUGCGGCUGGGUCAUGGGCUGCCGUCGCCGCCGCCGCGGGCGUCUGGCCUGCCUGCCUGCCUGCCUGGCUGCCGCGCCGCGCCGGCCGGGCGGUCGAUGAGGUUAACGCCCCCGCCGCCGCCGCACGGUGCCCGCGAAGGGCCCAAACGCCGGCAGAGAACGCCCGCAGCGCCGCGGUUAAGACGAGUUUUCACUAAGAAAAAAAAAUACCAACUAAAAAGCAAUCAGAAUGAUGGUGCAGGCUGA